AUGUGUCUCUUUACUUUAGUCAUCUUCUCUUUUGUCAACGCACCUUUUGCCAACACGUGCCUUUUGCCAACGCAACGUGCGCCUUUUGUCAACGCGCCUUUUGCCAACACGCACCUUUUGCCAACGCAACGCGCGCCUUUUGUCAACGUGUCUCUUCUGCUUCUGCAUCUUUUUGCUCAGCUUUCAAUGGCCCGCACCAAGAACACCGCCAAAAAAUCCAACGGUGGCUCAGUGCCACGCGUCCUCCUCAAGCUCUCAAGCACCCAGAUUUCUGGAGGAGUAGAUAGGCAGAGAAGGGAGGCUUUGACUGCCUCCAAGGUCAAACCUGUGGGAGGUGGGGAUUUUGAAAAGAGAGAUGCUCACCAUAAGGCUUUGACCGCUGCCAAGGCUGGGGACUUGGAAAAGAGAAGUAGUCACAAUGAGUAUUGCAUACUCUGCAGGGAUGGUGCAGACGGCUACAAAGAGAACACUCUCUUCAUGUGCGCUCUGUGUCCCAGAGUAGUGUGCAGACUCUGCCUGCAGCUGCCGCCUGACAUAGAGACCAAAGUCAUGCAAGAGGACGUCUCUUUCCAGUGCGUUUGCUGCCAUAUCAAGAUGGAACCAGGCAGCGCCUACUUCGGUUUCUAUAACACCAACCUCCUUCCUGUCCUGGACAGGUUCUUACCCAUCAAUGGUGCACUCGAGGUGUCUGACCGAGCCGAAAUAUCCUCAGCCCCAGUCCUUUUUAUUCACCUUGUCGUUGUCGACUUCGCUGUGGCUGGUAGCCCUUUUGAGUUUGCUCACGCCUUUCUCAAACCUUACUACGCUGGCGACUGGCAUCGAUUCUUGGAAAUAAUUCUCGAACCCUGGCAAAGUAUCAUCGACGGCGCCCAGGAAUCUUACCUCUGGAUGCUAUGUUGUGGCUCCCUUGUCACCAACUUGGACUCAUUCCAUGGCUUGCAAGAGGCUGUUGUCCGACACAACUUAACUGGUACCAUCACAUUCAAUGCGACUCGGUUUCAACUGUCUUUCGCCUCGCACUUGCUCAUUGCGUUCACCGAGAAGGUUCUCAUUGGACGGUGCCCACUUCGUUUAGCAUUCAAGGAUAUGCUCGCACAAGCCUGUGACCUUGGUCACCACUCUGACAUUUAUCUGCUGACUGUCAAGGAGGGCGCCCUCACUUGCUCUAGGUUUGCAUGGGCCAACACAGAGUUCCGUCCUUGGGGCCACCGCCUGCCUAUCCAAUGCAGUGGGUGUGGUUGGGCUAACUCUUGGAGGUCCGCCUAUGUCAAAGGCAGCAAGGACAAGGCUUACAUUUUUGAGUGCAAAAAUGUCUCUUGCAAUGCUGUUUUGGAUGAGCACGAGAUUUCCUAUGUUUCAGCUAAAGGAAACCCUGCUGAGAGGGCACAAAUCCUCAAAAACAUCAAAGAUACUAUACUUGAAAGCAACGAGGCUAAGGAUCCUUCAACUAUGCUUCCAGGCAAUAACAUUCGGAAGGCUAUCCGUACAUAUUACUUGUGUUUUCUGGAGGACAAUGAGGACCGCGAUCUUGAGCAAAAAAUCAUUGAGGGAGCUCAUAAACUCACAUCUGGUGCAGGCAUCAUCACUACUGAAUUCUCGACUUUUGAUGUCACUCAGAAAUUGUUCAAAGAAGAAAUUGGGGAGUAUGACAAGAAGCACCGUGACACCUCUGACCUAAGGUCCAUGGGGACAAGGACAAAGCUGGUCCGGUCCUGGUACAAUGCCCUGUCACCAGGUGUCCAUGAGGAGCUCAGACUUGUGGCAGAAAAGUGGAACCAGGAAGGUGCUCAUUCCGACACCAAGGACAGAUACCGCAGCCGACACCAGAAGAAAAUCAUGGAGGACUUCAUAAAGAUGGCAGGAAGAACUAUGGCCGAGUACAACAUAGACCCUGAGGACCAAUCUGAUGAGGAAGAUGAGAAGUUGCCCGAUUUAACCAUGGAUGUAGACGAUGAGGGCUAUCCUUGCCUACCAACAGGCUUUGAAUCUCUCAUGCUCAAAAACCAGCAGAAGGUUCAGUCAUCUCAAACAACCCUCGGGCUGCAGUCCCCUGGGAAUGUCGUCAUCAAGGAUCCUUCUCACCUGCAGAAGGAAGCUAUCAGUAUGAUUUUUUCACUUUGGAAAUAUCGUGCUAACCAUAAUGAACCAAUUGUACGGUUUGUUGGGUAUAAGGAAGGCGACUUCUAUGAUUCACUGGCUAAGAAGGAGGAUGACGAGGUACUGAAGAAGACCCCCCAAGCCAAUCUUGCUUCUGACGAAGAGGAAGACUUGGAACGUCACACCCCAUCUCUUUCUAAUUCCUGCCCAAAAUUCCAUAUGGGUGGUGACACAGUCAGUUAUCUUCAAUCCCUCUCUAACCUCCCAUCAUACCAGUCAUCUGUUGGCCACAGUUCAAAAACUUUCCAACACAAUCCUAAGGGCAAGGCUAGAAAGCAACAUCUGCCUGUCUGGGCAUCUUGGACGUGGUCUGAGCCCUAUCUACCUCAAAAUAUGCACAAUAAUAUUCAGGCGUCCAUUGUGGCUUUGGAGGAACUAGGCAACUAUAUCAUCACAUCCCGUGGUUGGGGUAUGAUUGUUGUCCUGGGCCUUGGACUCCUCCUUCGUGAGUGUCGCUGCGCUCAGGAGUAUGAGGCAGAUGAGGCUGGAGAUGAUGUGCCUCAAUAUUUGGGCGACUCCAUCCUUGGCAUAGAGGUAGGGGACAAGGUUGAAGAGGCAAUUACCAGAAUCCAGGUGAAGGUGGACGCAAUGCUUCCAGAUGGUAAUGAGAAGCAGAUGACAGUGGGGGAAGAAGUUCAUAUGAGGCGUCUGGAGAACAAAAGGCAGGUGAAAGAGAGAAGGGAGGUGGAGCAGGCAAGGGUGGCAGAGGAAAAGAGGGUGGCUGAGGAGGCUCGGGUUGUUGAGGAGGCUCAUGUUGCUCAGGAGAAGAAGGCUGCUGAGGAGAAGAGGGUUGCUGAGGAGAAGAGGGUUGCUGAGGCAUCUCGGAUCACUGAGGAGAGGGCUGCCACAUCAAAGAAGGCAAGCAGUACUAACACUGGGGGAAAAGGGAAGGGUAAACGCCCAGCAACAGAUGUGGAUGAUUCAGUCAUGAAAAAGGUGAAGACAUCUGCUCCUCCUAAUCCUCCUCGUCGCUCUGCCAGAGACAAAGUAGCUUCAAAGAAGUAUAAGAACUGA